AUGACCUCGGCCACACCCGAGGCACCCGGCAAGAUGCCCCUGGGGAUAGCGCGACGAACAUUAGGAAUCAUCCUGCUCCUGGUGGUGGUUGUGCUAUGGACAACCUCGAAUUUCCUUGGAAGUACCAUCUUCGCCGACAAAACCUACCCGAAACCUUUCUUCGUAACUUAUACGAAUACCUCGAUGUUUAUGAUGCCCCUCCUUUUAAUCGUCGCUCGUCGAACAUGGGGUCUUUGGCGCCUCGGUAAACUCGCUCAGAUCACUUCGGUAAAGAGCUUUUUGAAUCAUUUGGAUUCGCAUAAUCCCAAGGAUGAGGAGGAGAGCAUGCUGCGCAGCGGCUCCGAUGAAGAAGAUGGCGGACGAUUCUCACGGGAGCGACAGGAUCCUGCAAGCGGAAAGCUAGGGCUCAAAGCAACAGCUAAACUCAGUAUUCAAUUCUGUCUUCUUUGGUUUACUGCAAAUUACUUCGCCAUGGGGUGCCUGCAAUUCACGACAGUUGGAAGCACAACCAUUCUGACUUCCACCAGUGGUGUAUGGACCAUGGUCUUUGGCGCCCUGCUCCGUGUUGAGAAAUUUACUAUGCGCAAAUUCAUGGGUGUCAUGGCUUCUCUGAUUGGCAUUAUCCUGAUUUCGCGCGUCGAUCUCUCCAAGCCAGACACAGGCGAUGCUACGGAUGGCGGUGAGGGUUCAUUCCCACACAAAUCAUCAGGGAGAUUGCCCUUGGUCGGCGAUGAGUCCCGGGUCAACAUGCCUCUGUUCUUCGGACUGGUUGGAUUUUUCAACAUUAUCUUCCUGUGGCCUGGCUUCUUCAUCAUGCACUGGACUGGACUGGAACCCUUCUCUUUGCCCGAAACGUCCCGAGUGUGGUCAAUUAUUCUGACUAACGCGUUCGCAUCAUUUGUCUCUGACAUUGCAUGGGCUUAUGCUAUGCUUCUUACCACGCCGCUUAUUGUGACGGUUGGGCUCAGUAUGACCAUCCCACUCUCCCUAAUUGGACAGAUGGUCCUACAGUCCCAAUACUCUAGCCCUAUGUACUGGGUUGGAGCAGCCAUCGUGUUUUUGUCGUUCUUGGUUGUGCAGCACGAAAGCAAGCCCCAGGAUGAUCUCACCACUACUGAUGGAGCAGGCGGGUCCUUCUCUGCUGAGUAUAACAGCAUUCCCGUUGAAGAAGAGGAAAUGCGUUAG